CACAAUGGCUCCGAACUUUCCUACAAAGAAAUGCGGAGUCCUGGGCUGCACAGGUUCAGUAGGCCAACGCUUCAUCCUCCUUCUCGCCCAGCAUCCAUACUUCACCCUCCAUGCCGUCGGUGCCUCCUCUCGCUCUGCGGGCAAGAAAUACAAAGAUGCCGUGAAGUGGAAGCAAGCCUCGCCGAUGGGGAAGCACGUCGAAGAGCUGAUCGUCAAGGAGUGCAAGGCUAGCGAGUUCGCAGAUUGCGAUAUUGUGUUCAGCGGGCUGGAUGCAGAUGUUGCUGGGCAGAUUGAGAUGGAGUUCCUCAAGGCGGAAUUGGCUGUGUUCUCAAAUGCGAAGAACUACAGACGAGAUCCUCUCGUUCCUCUUGUCGUACCUACGGUCAACCUACCUCAUUUCGACGUUAUUCCUCAUCAGCGAAAACACUAUAAUCUCAAAAAGGGCUUCCUGGUCUGCAAUUCGAAUUGUGCAGUCAUUGGUAUCGUCAUUCCCUUUGCCGCAAUACAGAAAGAGUUUGGUGAGGUCGAUCAAGUCAGUGUUGUGACUAUGCAAGCAGUAAGUGGUGCUGGAUAUCCGGGUGUGAGCUCAAUGGAUAUUCUGGACAACGUGGUGCCUUUUAUAUCUGGGGAGGAAGACAAGCUGGAGACAGAAGCACAGAAAAUUCUGGGGACGGUCAAUUCUGAGGUUACGGGAUUCAUGGACCAGUCAGACUUGAAGGUUUCGGCAGCUUGCAACAGAGUUGCUGUUCUGGAUGGGCAUAUGGCUUGCGUUUCGCUGAGAUUCAAGAACAGGAGUGGGCCUAAACCAACGGCAGAGGCUGUCAAGAAAGCGCUGAGUGGAUAUAUCAGCGAGGCGCAAACCUUGGGAUGCCCGUCUGCUCCUGAGCCAUCGAUUCUGGUGAUGGAGGAGCCGGAUAGACCGCAGCCUAGACUUGACAGAAAUACGCAGAAUGGGUAUACGGUUAGUGUCGGCAGGGUUAGAGCGGACGAGAGCGGGAUUUUUGAUCUAAAAUUCGUUGCAUUAAGUCACAACACUGUUAUCGGAGCUGCUGGAUCCUCAAUAUUGAAUGCAGAGGCUGCAGUGCUAAAGGGUUACAUCUAGAUUUUCAGGUUUGCGUUCAUACCUUUGCUCAGUGGGGAGUUCAAAAGCAGAAAGGAGAGGGGAAAUUCCAAGCACGGCUGGGAGACAAAACUUUCAAACAAGCUGCAAACUGCGGAAGCAGACGUCUUCCGAAAUUCUACCUAAGAGAUCAGAGACUCGUCUUUGUAUGUCACGUGAGAGCGAUUCCGAAGCAGGCUAAUAAUAACUGCUUGUUGACUUUCGCGUAGUGGAAGUGCCAAGAAGGAGUCGCUGCAUCAAAACGGUG